UCACACGCAACACACACUCACAGGGGAAUCGCACGGCGAGCUCAGGAAUCCAGUUAACCCUGUAAACAGGACUUUUCCUCUGAGGAGGAAACCCACGCUAAUGGAUUACUCUCUCAUUUCGGCUGAGCUGAGGGAGAAACGCGUAUGAUUGCCUUUGAAGAAGCUUAGCCUCCCUCUCUCCCUCUCUCCCAGUCUCUCACCUGAGGGCUUUCCCUUCUCAGGCUCGCUCGGAGUUUUGGUUCCCUGGUUGAGUUCAUGAUGGGAUAUAAAACGGAGCUCCUCCAUCGGUUGUUAACGGUGAGUUGCCUCGCGCUGAACUGGUGCGGAGCGCACGCGGGGAACAUCACGGUGGCCGUGAUGCUGCCGGACAAUCUGAAGUACCCCUGGGCAUCGCCACGGGUGCUGCCCGCCAUCCGCAUGGCCAGAGAGCGCAUCCUGCAGAGCGAUCUCCUGGGGGGACACGCCGUGAACCUCCUCAACUUCAGCGUGGAGGACUCAACGGGCUCGUGCUCCGAAAACAAGGCGCAGAUCAUCGCCGUGGACACGAAGCUCUACCACAAACCGGACGCCUUCAUCGGUCCCGGCUGCGUGUACUCAGUCGCCUCCGUGGGCAGAUUCGCGUCCCACUGGAAGCUGCCGCUGAUCACCGCCGGAGGACUGGCGUUCGGUUUCGACAACAGCGAGGAGUUCAGGACGGUGGUCCGGACCGGGCCGACCACCACAAAGCUGGGAGACUUCGUCAACUCCCUGCACGCGGAGUUCAACUGGACAAGGCGCGCGCUCAUGAUAUUCCACGAUCUGAAACAAGACGACAGACCCCACUUCUUCCUCUCCGAGGGUAUUUACCUGAACCUCCGCGAGGAAAACAUGACCGUGGAGGCUUUCCCGUAUGAAGACAUCACCCCCUACAAAGAGAUCGCAACGUUCAUUAAGGAGACCGGCAGAAUCGUUUAUAUCUGUGGGCCCCUGCAGACGUUCUUCAGCAUCAUGAGAGCUUUUGAGGAAGAAGUGAAAAACUUUGAAGACUAUGCCAUCUUCUACCUGGAUGCACUUGGCGAAAGCCUCAGUAAUGAGGCUCUCCAGCCCUGGCACAGCUCAGAAUUGCAGUGGAAGGAUCCCAUCAGGAUGUUCCGGAAUGUAUUCGUUAUAACAUAUCGGGAGCCCGAUAAUCCAGAGUAUGCAGCUUUCCAAACUGAACUUCACAAGCGAGCAACACAGGACUUUAAUGUCCAGUUGGAACCUUCCUUGAUGGACUUCAUUGCCGGCUGUUUCCAUGACGGCUUUGUGCUGUAUGCAAAGGCCCUGAGUGAGGCUUUAGCAGAUGGAGUGUCUCAGAACAAUGGCCUUGACAUCAUUAUGAGGAUGCAAAAUCGCAGCAUUUGGGGGGUGACAGGCCUUGUUAGUACAGACCGAAACAAUGCCAGGUACACAGACUUCAGCCUCUGGGCCAUGAGCAACCUGACAACUGGACAGUAUGCGGUUGCUGGCUACUACAAUGGCACCAAUAAGGAAAUUGUGUGGUCUAAAAAGGGUAUCCAGUGGCCUAAGGGGGUUCCGCUUGAUGACCCCCGGUGUCUGACCUCUUGUGAAGAUAAAAUCUCUGUCCUUGGAGUUGUUGCUGUGGGGUCUGGCCUUGCCCUCAUCAUUUUUGGAAUGUCAAGUUUUCUCAUUUACAGGAAGCUGAAGCUGGAGAAGGAGUUGGCUGGGAUGCUAUGGAGGAUUAAAUGGGAGGACCUGAAAUUUGAGAGCCCUAACAAAUACCACAAGCGUGCUGGCAGCCGUCUUACUCUGUCCCAGAGGGGCUCCAGCUACGGCUCCUUGAUAUCGGCGCAUGGCAAACAUCAGCUGUUUGCAAAAACAGGCUAUUUUAAGGGCAACCUGGUAGCAAUCAAGCAUGUGAACAAGAAGAGGAUUGAGUUGACCAGACAAGUGCUGUUUGAACUGAAGCAUAUGAGAGAUGUCCAGUUCAACCAUCUGACAAGGUUUGUUGGUGCCUGUAUAGAUCCACCAAACAUCUGCAUUGUGACUGAGUAUUGUCCCAGAGGAAGUCUUCAGGACAUCCUGGAAAACGAGAGUAUCAACUUGGACUGGAUGUUCCGCUUCUCUCUGAUCAAUGACAUUGUCAGGGGAAUGAACUAUCUGCACACCAGCUACAUUGGUUCCCAUGGAAAUCUAAAGUCAUCAAACUGUGUGGUGGACAGCCGUUUUGUACUGAAAAUUACAGAUUAUGGUCUGGCAAGCUUUCGGUCAUCAUAUGAUAAUGAAGACUCACAUGAACUAUAUGCAAGAAAGUUAUGGACAGCUCCAGAGUUAUUGAUAUAUGACAGACCUCCACCCCAGGGAACACAGAAGGGAGAUGUGUACAGCUUUGGGAUCAUUUUGCAGGAGAUAGCCUUGAGGAACGGGCCGUUUUUUGUAGAAGGCAUGGAUCUGAGCCCAAAAGAGAUAAUUCAGAAGGUGCGGAACGGUCAGAAGCCCUAUUUCCGGCCCACAACAGAUAACAGCCGACACUGUGAGGAGCUGACCAUCCUGAUGGAGGGCUGCUGGGCUGAGGACCCUGCCGAGCGCCCUGACUUCAGUCACAUCAAGAUUUUUAUCACCAAACUCAACAAAGAAGGGAGCACCAGCAUCCUCAAUAAUCUGCUGUCAAGAAUGGAGCAGUAUGCCAACAACUUGGAAAACCUGGUGGAGGAGCGCACCCAGGCAUACCUGGAAGAGAAGAGGAGAGCAGAAAAUCUGCUCUAUCAAAUCCUGCCACAUUCUGUGGCAGAGCAGCUGAAAAGAGGAGAGACAGUGCAGGCAGAAGCUUUCGACAGUGUCACCAUCUACUUCAGCGACAUAGUGGGCUUUACCUCAAUGUCAGCUGAAAGCACACCGUUACAGGUUGUAACGCUGCUGAAUGACCUAUACACAUGCUUUGAUGCCAUCAUUGAUAAUUUUGAUGUGUAUAAGGUGGAGACCAUUGGCGAUGCGUAUAUGGUAGUGUCGGGUCUGCCUGUGCGUAAUGGAAAACUCCACGCUCGUGAGAUUGCCGGGAUGUCUUUAGCUUUACUGGAACAGGUCAAAACCUUUAAAAUCAGACACAGACCCAACGAUCAGCUGCGGCUACGUAUAGGAAUUCAUACAGGGCCUGUCUGUGCAGGCGUGGUGGGCCUCAAGAUGCCCAGGUACUGUCUAUUUGGAGACACUGUCAACACAGCGUCAAGAAUGGAGUCCACUGGGGAAGCCCUGCGGAUACAUGUGUCUUCAGCCACCAAAGAGGUACUCGACGAGUUUGGCUACUUUGACCUCCAGCUGCGGGGGGAUGUAGAAAUGAAGGGCAAAGGCAAAAUGAGAACCUAUUGGCUUUCGGGGGAGAAGACAGAUGUCUAUGUUAUCUGAGAGCCCUGCUGAUGGAGCGAGAGCUGCCAGGCCAAGCCACUGCAGCUAGAGCCACUGUUUUGGAUUUUGAUUCUGUAUCCAAAAGCGUACGUCAAUCCACCUACCCCAGCCUGUAUACGCUGAAAGAAGGUGAUACUUUGAAGUGGCUUGACUCAAAUUUGUACAUCAUUUUCCACAUUUCCAUUUUGCACUUGCUUGCCACAGUUAAAGACUAAAGCUCAUAGAUGUGUAUUUUGAGUUAUUCAUUCUAUAACAAAUCAGUUAUUUGCUUCUGACGACAGAACCAGUGUUGGAUAGAUAUUCUUGGUUGGUGGGUUAUUUUCAAUUCACACUCAUACUGGCACAAUGCACAUUACCUUACCUGGGCUCAUGCUACUCAUGCUGGGUUCACAGUUGUGCUGAGAAUGGUCCACCACCCAAAGAACAUUUUACCAAGUGCUGUGGAGGGUCCUUUGAUGGAUAAGGUAGAAUGUGGCUGAAAAAUUGUGCAACAACAAAUGGGCUAGUCAGUAAUUGUAAACCUACAAAAUACUGCUAAAUGGUAGGUGUCCCUGAUAAAUGAUGUAGGUACAAAGUAGUCCCUAAUAAACUGAUAAACUAGUAACUCUGUAUAUUACAUGAAAAAACCAAAGACUAAAAAACUGAAAGACAAUUGUGUUAAAUGUGAUAUACUUUAUUCAUGUGGAAAUGAUGUACACAAAUGAAUCAAGCAAAUUUAAGGCACUACUUGUUUUCAGAGCAGAACGGUAUCACAUUACUCUUAAUACCUUUUUGAAGGAGGUCCAUUCAGGUAUAUUUCAUACCUGCUUUAACUGCAAAAAUCAAACUGUAAAGUUUUUUUAUGAUGAAAAAGCUUUCCGUGUUGAGAGUCGGAGACCUUUUUUCCAUGUGAGAUUCUUAUUUUUGUGCUUUCUAUAUUCAAAUUUGUAUGUGAUUUUUGGAAACUGGUGACAUGUACUCGAUAUCUCCAGGCAGCACCCAGAAGGAGGGGUGAAGGGUACAGUACAUCGAAUGUUAAGUCAGUGCUGGCAUCAAGACAUAAAGUUUCGCCCUGGUACUACCCAAGUUAAUAUUUGUAUAUAUGUAUAUCCAAGACAUUGUAAGAUAUUUUGUUCAAUAAACGAAAUAUAAAAGGA